AAUUUGUAUUAGUCAGCUGACAUCUGCCAAUUUUGAACGGUUUCCAGAUUAUGCAGUUUCUAAUUAAUUUAUUAUAGCUGUGUUUAUCAUUCAUUUGAAAGUUCACCGUCGAAAUACUUGUUUACUUUCCAACCAUGGAAGAGAAAAUAGAAAAAGUUCACUCAUACCUGGAAUUUCUCAAAACUUUAGGAAUCAAAUUAUUGGAAGAUCAGGCAAAUUUGGACAUAUCAGCUUCUGAUACUGAAGAUGCAAUUAAAGCCAAUUUCCAGGUCAUCAAAAAAAUUAUACUUGAAGAGCUUCAAAAUCGAGAAAAAGUCCUUUUGGAUGUUGUAAGAGAAUUUUAUGUAUCAGAAUCUGCGUCUAUAGCAAACAGGGCACAUGAUGUAUCAAAAAAUGUUGAAAUUCUUGAAGAUUUAGUUGAUCUACAGGGCCAACAUGAGAAAUUUAAUAAAACUUUUGAAAAAUACAUUGAUGCAGUAAGAAAUGAUUGCUUAAACCUUUCCAUUCAAAAGUCAACUAGAAUAAUUGCACAAUUUGAUGGGAAGGAUAAAUUAAUAACAAACUGCAGGCAUUUUGGAAGAAUCUCAACAGGGGCCCCCUUGAAAAUAAUUAAAAUAUUAUCACAACCAGGUGCAAUACUCAUUAAAUGGGACACCAUCGAGAAAAAUCUUGAUAUAGAUGAAUAUUGUUUGCAAAAACUAAAACUGAGAAGUACAUCAUUUACAAAAAAACAGAAAUUUGAGGACUGUUAUGUGGGUCCAGACACUGAAUUCCUUGAUAAAACAAUAAUUCCAAAUGAACAUUAUGCUUAUCGUGUUAGCUUGAGGUAUGAAAAUGAAGCAAAAUGGAGUGAAUGGUCAAUGCCCAAAUUGGCUACGACUACACUCAGGCCACUUUGUUGGAAAAACAACUCCAAUUUUAAAUUAUCCCAUGAGAAUCUUGUGGCAGAAUCUCUUGCUGAAAAACCUGUCACACUAUAUUCCACCAAUUUUAAGUUGUGUACAGGAUAUUACAUAGAAAUUACGUUUCUAAAAUGUGAUGAGAAACGCAGUAAUGUGUUCAUUGGUCUCUCUCCUAUAGAAGAAUAUGUAGAAAAUAUUUUGGAUUUACCAAAAGCCCUUAUUUUCGAAGCAGAUGGACACAUCUUUUCAGAUGGUCACAAAAAGACUACCAAACUACCCCCUGUAAAUAAGGGAAGAAAGGUUCUUUUUAUAUGUGAAAAAUUUGAAGAUAACAAAGCAAGAAUUCACAUAGACAAUCAUAAUAUGAGAGUGACAUAUGAUUGGGUACUGGAAAACUCAGAAGUUUAUGUAUGUGCCAACUUUAACUCUCCAAAUUGGAAAAUAGCCAUUAAUUAAUGUAAACUAACAGUAUUGUGUACAGUAUGUAAUAUAAAUACUAGCAUUAAACAAAAUGUUUUGUUAAAUAGUC